UCGGGGCUUCUGCAUACCUUGUCACUGUCAGCAUAAUAUGCAAAAAAAAUACACAAGCUUGUCUUUUGAUUGGUGUGCAAGAUUAUUUUAGUCGAUCUUUUAGUAAAUUCUCAGUUUCACGGUUGAAGAUAAUUGUGUCUGAAAGUGCAAUUUUAAGCUGCUCGUCCACUCGCUGGAACGCGUAAGGGUAAUGCCGAUUAACACCUUCGCGAGUUCUUAAAAAAGCUACCGGCAUCACAAUAAAGAUGCCUGCCACUGUGACGGUAUAUGAGAACAGCGUAAGCGUUGAUGGCGAGCCGGUUGGGGAAGCUGAAUUAAUUUAUGCCGGUGAAGAUGACGCCAUUGUCCGGAUGGAAACUUCUAAAAGGCAGAAACAAUUUGCUUGUAAGCAUUUCACCAAAGAAUUGCCAGAUAAAUACCGAGAUUGGACUAGAACCGAGCGACUGCGUACACUGGAAAACCCCUACGUCGUCAACUACUACUAUGCCGGCCCAUUAACGCAUGACCGUGUCGGAGUUCUGAUGGAGUAUUAUCCUAUGCGCGAUCUGGAAAUGUACGAAGGCAAGUUCACCGUAUUUCAAACUUUGCAAUUUGUGCACGAAGUGUUGCAAGGCAUUGCGUUCCUCCAUGCAAACGGAUUAGCGCACGGCAACCUCUGUACAGACACCAUCCUGUUGCAACAGACCGAUGAGCGGGAAUUUCCUUCUCCUAAAAUAACGGGCAUCGAACGGGUUCCUCCCAUCGUAAAGGAGAGCGCCACCAAACCGGACCUGUCGAAGGAUAUGACCAAGGCUACUGCCGAAGAUUUCGAAGAACAGUGCGCCUAUAAUAUAUGGAAUUUCGGUGACAUUUUCCUUUUUAUGUUAAAUUCUCGCAGGAUUUCGUACGGAGAUCUGCUGACAGUGCCUGACCUUGAAAAGAAUCCGUACUAUACACAAGACACUUUGCCAUUGUUAGCCAUUGCGGAGCCAUUAAUGAAACUGCUUCUGCCUUCAACCCCACCCGGGAUUGUGGACCUGAUACACCUCUGCUACCGCAUGCAUAGUUUUGAACGACCCACCGCUCAAGACCUCAUGGACCAUUAUAUUUUCGCCAUCGACCUUCCCUAUGAAAAAAGGGAGCAAGAAUGUAUCCAGCGCAUUGGAAGGUUUGUGGGAACUGAAUAUUAUCAGCCAAUGUCGGACCGGUCAGAUAAACAGUAUUACAGUAAAGUAAAGCGAAUGCAACGCUUCGAAAACAAUUUUUAUGUUAUCACGGUGGAUAAUGCCGUUGGGAGGUUCGGAAAGAGACUGAUAUGGGAGAGCAAAUUCCCAUGCUUGCUGGAUUCUGAAUACAACCAUGCGGAUCGCGGGUUUCUUAACAGAUUAUUCGCAUUCCGGCAAAAUAAAAUCCUCCCUCUGUGCAGACUAAAACACCAAUCCAUAUAUCCUAUGUUGAAUUGUCAUUUACGGUAUAUCCAUAACUACAUCAGCGCAGUAUACCAAUUUGAAGUAGAACCAUACAGUGAGUGUCUUGAAAAAUACUUGGCAAAGACGAUGCUGCCGUGGAACUACAUAAAAAUUUACUGCCGGCAGCUGCUGGAGGGACUGAUAUUUCUGGAAGAAAAUCGACUGCAAAUACACGGCAUUGGUGCCUACAUGGUGGCUCUUUGUUCUAGGCACAUCGGAGGUACUUUCUUGCAAGCCAAACUACAAACGACGUUUCAUUUAGAUGAACUGCUGUUGGAGAGCUUUGCGAAACACGGUAACAACAGUGAGCUGCUUCGAAAUCACAGAGGAGUUGGUCGAUUCGUUUCUCCCGAAGCGGCACUCCUACCAUCCAUUUCUGGUCUGCUUCAUGCAUCAGAAAAACAACAAGUGUGGGGAAUGGGACACAUUCUGCUGCAGCUGGCAACGGUCGGUACGCUUCGAUUCGAAAAAGCGACGCAAAAUAGCGAAACGGAAAUAAGAGUUGUCGAAGAUGACGUCUCCAAUGCUGAAAUAAUGCAUUGGUUACGAAGCGGUUGGCGUCCGCACGUUCCACUCAUGCUCGCUGAUGACAUCCGGCGCGUGAUCAAAUUGUGUUUCCUGCCAAAGGACGAGCGGCCGUCUUUGCAGGAGCUAGUUGCCAAUGAAUUCUUCCGCACAGCCAUGCCGUUAGAAGCGGUGGUUAACAGCACCACGAAACCGGUUUUCUGCAUGCGUCCACAGGCUUUGGACGCACUCGCAGAAGUAUUCGGUGGUGAGAGAGUUGGUGCAAAAAAGGAUGAAGCUCAGAGUAUAAGAAUUACUGCGGCAAGUGGAAAUAAGUUGGACAUGUUAGUCAUGCUGCUACUGUACCGCAACUUUGAUUGCGAUCGUCCUUUGUCUGUCGAGCUGCAGAACAUCAACGACUUUAAACAGGCAACAUUUUCUCCCGCCAACGACCUAAUUGUUGAGCUGAUAGUUUCCGGGUUAAACGGUUUGGAUUGCGAGAUUUUCAGAGAGUUAAACCUUCCGAAUCUGCUAAGUCUUCGCUUAUACAACUGCCAAGAUGUUGUGCUCAAACCAGGCUGCCUUCAAAUGUUUUCUAAGCUUCGUUGCCUCGAGGUUCCCGAAUGUACUUUCGUGCACUUUGAUGAAAAUGCGUUACGUGAAAUGCCGCAGCUGGAAAUGGUCAUCUUGGAUGAAAACGCUGCAGCACCGUCCCCACCAACGCUGAUUGAACAAAUCCGUUGUGCGGACAAAUUUGCCGGGCUUAAGCGAUAUCUACAACAUCACGUCGAACUAAUAAGACCAAGAGCGGCUGGCGAUGUUUGGCGGUAUCAGAUGUUAAUCAAUAGAUCAAGUACUGAAUGUGCCCUGCAUUGGCUUGGCAGCACUACGGAUGCGGUUGAGCUACCAGCAAUCUGCAUCCAGAUUGGCCUUCACGGCGAAUUUCGGCUGCAAUCAUCAGACAAUACGAGUCUUGUUAAAGUUAUUACAGUCGGCGAUUUGGAGCAUGAAGGCUACAACCGCGAACUCCGGCAGUUAUGUGAACUGAACCAUCCAAACCUGGUCAGUCUUUCCACUGUCCCGAUAAUGCCGGAAGGCCCGCUAACGCUGCGAAUGACAUACUACAAUGUGGGAUCACUGGGAGACUUUAUCUGUCAUAAUCGCCAAGCGCCACCGACCUUACAACAAAUAAUGCAGCUAACGCACGGUAUUUUACUCGGACUGCAGUUUGUGCAUUCUACGGACAGAAAGCCCUCGCGUGCGUUACACGGAGCUAUUCACCCUUGGAACAUUAUGUUGGAACCUGAUGAAGCUUUCUUUACACCCAAGCUGAGCGACAUGGAUAACCACUUACAGAAGCUAUACAUGCGGCAGCCUUUUCAGAAACAUCGUCACACGUAUUCUCGUUAUGCCCGAUUUUAUAUGUCCCCAGAAAUGCUAGCGUGCACUGCAGAAGGACGCUUUGAGCAACUUACAGGUAAAACGGAUAUAUGGUCUUUUGGAAGGGUUGUGUUGUACUUAUUUGACCAGCGCAAGCAGAUCGCCAUGGAAACACAAACAAUCAUCCCCAAAUUUGACAUCAGUGCAAAUAUGUUUUAUCCUGUGGAUGAUCGACUUUCAUGGCUAGCAUUAACGUCCGACGCUGUGCCUCCGGCGGUUAUUGAUUUGCUUUACCUCACCCAUAAGGUAGAUCCACGGGAUCGGCCAGACGCAGCCAUCUUGCUUCGUCAUCUGGGCUACCAGAAGGGUUUGUCUCUGAGAGGGCGAUUGUCACGACAUAUUCGCACCAGUCUUGUACCAACCAUGUCUGCCUGUAUAUACCCCCCGACAGUGCUCUUCCGGCAUACUGGCUGCCGAAACCAAAAUGGAAACACUACUGCAAUAGAAAUACGCAAAGAAUGGUUGAUUCCGAAAUCCGCUCUACUUCUACAAUCGAAAGAUAUUGUCAAGUGCAAACUCAACCAGCUGGUGCAGCACAUGCUUAUCAAAACCGAAGCCGUUAUUAAGUUCGUUCUACUGGACCUGCAAUUAGAAACUAACGCACUCCGAUUUUCUGGAUUCUGCUACUGUAGCUCUGGCGACAUAAAUCUUCUGUGGCACUUAGAUAAUAUGUACCUGUCUUGGACAGAAAUUCGGACGUAUUGUAUCGACAUCCUUAACGGUCUGCAGUAUCUUAGAGACAACAGUGUUGAAUGUGAACCUAUCACCACAGAUUCAGUUUAUUUGUGCAAUCUACACGGUUGUGGCAUCUAUCAGACGGCCAAAAUCAUAAUCACACCGUCUCUGCUAAACUGGUUUAGUCCGGGCAAACGGUUGGAAAUACUAAGCCAAAGCACCGGUUAUGCAUUUGCUCCGGAAGAGAUCUCGGGCUACUCGACCGAUCAAGUCCAUAACACAAAUAUCUGGCAUUUCGGUCAGAUAUUGCUGGAAAUGACACGAAUCCGGAUAAACGGACUUUGCUUUGACCAUAUCGAAGAAAGUCACGAUGACCUUGCAAAAGAAAACAGUGCCACAACGAUAAUAAUAUCCAAGGAUCAGUUAAUUUUUGAGAAAGUCGGUAUGCGCCCCAUUAUUCCGUGGUAUUUUCCGGACCAAUUGCAGCGUGUUCUGCAGAGGUGUUUCGCAGAAGCUGUUCAUCGUCCAACCGCCAAUCAACUGCAAUCAUUUUCCAGCAUUCCAGAAUCACUAUUUUACUGCUCACCAAGUAUACAGUACAAAAUUCUGUAUAAUGAAUGGCCGCGUUUCUCUCGAAGAGCGAUUAGUGUAGAGGAAAGUGAAGCUUGGAGAAACGCUCUGAUUUGUCGCACCACAACCAGCUUCCAUCAACUGCGGAUCGCUAAACUUAAAGCUAAAUUUUGGCCGGACAAUAAUAUACUUGAUAUGAUGUUUGUUUUUCAAAUACGUUAUGCCGAUAGAGAUUAUCCUAUCACCGUACACGUCUCAGACGAGGCUAGCUUUAGCCGCCGAAAUUUUUCUCCAAUUUCCGACCUAAUCGUUAAAUUGGUGAUAGAAGACAUUACCAAUUUCGAUUGUUGCCUUCUACGGGGUCUCCACCUCUACAAUUUACUAUCGCUACAGUUUAAAAACUGCUCUGGCAUUCGGAUUGCUCAAGCGGACCUGAGUGGCUUUACACGCUUAAGAACUCUGAAGUUUACGCGUAGCACGCUCCUAAAUUUUGAAAUUGGAGCACUGAGCCAGCUGGAUUACCUAUGCAACCUUGACCUGACAGGAGAUCUACGCCUGCAAAUGGCAGAGGCAGAGGAAGAGUACAUUGAGCGUCUUCUGUCCUGUCAAGUCUUUAAAGAACUUAGAGCAUUUGUUCAACAUCAUCGUGAGCUUAUCCAAAGAAAAGACACUAUGCUCCUCGAUCCUUACAGAAUGCGUAAUUUGGGUCAUCUUGAUUUCCUGUUGUAACUUACUCUGUACCAGUAGAUUUGAGAAAAGUAAUUAUAACAAAGCAAUGUCCGCUUACCUCAAUAUAAAUAUCUUUGUAUUUUUAAGUAAA